GUGACAAUUUUUGUCUUCACCAGUGUAGGGUAAUGUGUAAGUGUUAGAGUAUUUGGUAGGCCUGUGGUGUGUUAGUGCGGUCGGUGUGUGUGUGUGUGUGUGUGUGUGUGUGUGUGUGUGUGUGGACAUGUUUAUCCCUUCGUUCUCAUUGGCUGCUGAAACUUGUUGGAGCUUUUCUCUGUGGAAAAACAGAAAGCUCCAAGAACCUAUCGGUGCUCACGACCCGUCCCCCUCUCUGGAGCCCGCCUGGUCCAGACUUGUCCGGGAGACAGUGAAUGUAGUCCAGCCUUCACACCGCUUAAAUAAGCUCAUGUCAGAGACACAGCACUUGUAUAUUGUGGGCAAAUUAACAUUGUAAGGACUCCCUGCCGCUCCACACAGCGCUGCACUUUGCCGCCGAAUAUCCUUAUCCUGCUUUGAGGGCUUUCAUACUGAUAACCUACUUAAUCUCUUUUUUCUUUUCCGCCACACACUGGAUCCAUCUGACAUUCCCACCUUCGAAACACUUGUGACCAACAAGUCUACACUUGAACUGGAUUUCUGAGAUAAACCCUUUUUGUUUUUGUUUUCGUUUGUACCUUCUUUUUAAUGGUACAAUGUCGUCUUUACCAGGAACAGUACCGCGGAUGAUGCGCCCGGCUCCCGGACAGAACUAUCCCCGCACUGGAUUCCCUCUGGAAGUGUCCACUCCUCUGGGCCAGGGACGGGUCAAUCAGCUCGGAGGGGUCUUCAUUAACGGUCGGCCGCUCCCCAACCACAUCAGACACAAAAUAGUUGAGAUGGCUCACCACGGGAUCCGGCCCUGCGUCAUCUCCCGACAGCUGCGGGUCUCUCACGGCUGCGUCUCCAAGAUCCUCUGUCGCUAUCAGGAGACCGGCUCCAUCCGACCCGGAGCGAUAGGAGGCAGCAAGCCCAGGCAGGUAGCCACACCGGACGUGGAGAAGCGGAUAGAGGAGUACAAGCGGGACAACCCCGGCAUGUUCAGCUGGGAGAUCCGGGAUAAGCUGCUGAAGGACGGGGUGUGUGACAGAAGCACAGUCCCUUCAGUGAGUUCGAUCAGCCGUGUCCUCCGAGCUCGAUUUGGAAAAAAGGACGAUGAGGACGAGUGUGACAAAAAGGACGAAGACGGAGAAAAGAAAACCAAACACAGUAUCGACGGCAUCCUCGGUGAUAAAGGCAGUCGGAUGGAUGAAGUGUCGGAUGUGGAGUCAGAGCCUGACCUCCCCCUGAAGAGGAAGCAGCGCAGGAGUCGGACCACAUUCACUGCGGAGCAGCUUGAGGAGCUAGAGAAGGCUUUCGAAAGAACCCACUAUCCUGAUAUCUACACCAGGGAGGAGCUGGCCCAGAGGACAAAACUCACUGAGGCCAGGGUGCAGGUUUGGUUCAGCAAUCGAAGGGCCAGGUGGCGAAAACAAGCAGGAGCAAAUCAGCUAGCAGCUUUCAACCACCUGUUGCCGGGUGGAUUUCCUCCCACAGGGAUGCCAACACUUCCUGCAUACCAGCUGCCAGAGUCCAGCUACCCAACCAACACUCUGUCCCAAGACGGUGGUGGUACAGUUCACCGUCCCCAGCCAUUACCUCCGUCCACCAUGCACCAGACCGGUCUGUCCAGCACUGACAGCAGCUCUGCCUAUGGUCUGGCCUCCAACCGCCACGGCUUCUCCACCUACUCUGACUCUUUUAUGAGCUCUGCAGCACCCAGCAACCACGUCAACCCUGUUAGCAAUGGACUCUCCCCUCAGGUGAUGAGCAUCCUGAGUAACCCCAGCGGAGUUUCCUCACAGCCACAGCACGACUUCUCUAUCUCACCGCUCCACAGUGCCUUGGACUCCUCUCCAUCCAGUGUCAUCUCAGCAAGCUGCAGCCAGCGUUCAGCUGAGGCCUCCAUUAAGACAGUGGACAGCCUCCCGUCAUCCCAAUCCUACUGCCCCCCCACAUACAGCACCACUAGCUACAGCAUGGACCCAGCUGUGGCUGCUGCCGGCUACCAGUACAGUCAGUAUGGCCAGACUGCUGUGGAUUACCUGGCAAAAAACGUCAGCCUUUCCAGUCAGCGCAGGAUGAAGCUGGCCGACCACUCAGCUGUACUGGGACUGCUGCAGGUUGAGACUGGCCAGGCGUACUAG